UACCAAACCCCACACACAUGUAUACUAACAAAUCAGAUCACCAGUUCGCCUUACACACACAUAUAUAACACCGACACGCGUGCCGUUCUAGCUUUUAAGAUGCAACUUUUUAAUAUGUCACAGAUACUACGCGUCUACUCGGAGCUCGCUAGCCAUGUGCUAUCACGUGUGUUAUCGCUGCCAUUUUGAGCCUUGACACUCGAGAAAAGAAGGGUCAAAAUCGCACAGAAAGACCGGAAAUAGGGAUUUAAAACGGACAAGCGUGUCCGUCGUGCGUUUUGUUGUUUAUUUCAUGUGUUGACAUUGGACCCUGUCUAUACCUUACCCCGUGUUAUGGGGUGUGGAUUCGUACACGCUGUGUUUUGGAUAUUGGAGUAACCAGUGCUAAGGAUAAUAGCCCAUUGCUGUAGUGUUGUGAUUGAUUACAAAGCGAUUUAUCGCGGGAAAAUCAUUGGGAUUAUAAUCAUGUCAAAAACGAAGAAAACCAGUAGGUUGUCUGUGACAGACGCUUAUGACGUCGACGAGUUACUGCCCUUGACUUUCUCCGGAAGUCAUUCACCUGACGACGUCUUCGACGAAUCACCCUCUAUCGAGGAGAAGGAGAAAAGCGGCAAACAAUUAUUGGAGUCGGAUUCGGACCCUUGGCAACGAAACGGUGGGUUAAACAACAUGGAUGAGAAACACAACCAGUUGAAAUCUACCCAUAAACCGGAAGUGAGUCGUUCGAUGUCGUUUGAAGACCCGGAUAUUCGAUGUGGAUUUGGACCUUAUAAACCGGAUUUAUUACAGAAAUUUAACAAUCCGAAGUGUCUACUAGCUUUUCUCUCAUUCUUCGCAUUCAUCCAAGGAUUUGUUGUAAAUGGUAUAAACAAUGUUAACACCUCAACGAUAGAAAGGCGCUUCGGUCUGCCGAGUUCAAAGGUCGGCAGCAUUUCGAGCGCCUACGACGUGUCUGCAGCUAUCGUUGGCUUGGUAAUCAGCUACUUCGGCUCUGGACGGAACAAGGCGAAGUUUUUGUCGUUAGCGGCCGGAAGUAUGGCUAUCGGAUCCUUUGUGAUGACCUUACCACACUUCACAAAUGGACUUUAUCUGUGGGGCGAGAACGUCAGGGCAACUUGUAGCGAGAUGGAAGAACCUAACACGUGCGAUACUGACGAGAGCCUGCAGCACUACCUGUACGUGUUCCUCCUUGGGCAGGCCUUACACGGAGUGGGCGGGACCACACUUUAUAUUGUGGGCGUGUCUUUGAUGGACGACAGCGUGCCAGCAACAUCAUCACCCAUGUAUAUAGGUAUAUUUUACGCCUUCGCUACGUUUGGCCCCGCCCUUGGAUACAUCAUUGGAGGCCAGAUGCUGAACGUGUAUGUGGACUUCAAUGAGCCAGCAGGUAACAGCGGACACCUGACCCCGACUGACCCCCGAUGGGUUGGAGCGUGGUGGGUUGGGUUCUUAGUGGCAUCCCUGGUCAUGGUUUCAGUGGCCAUCCCUAUGGCGGCCUACGGUGUGGAAUUACCCGCCGCCAAACAAGUUAGGGAUACGCGUGUGUCUCAAAUGCAUAAUGAUCACGUGAUUGAUUCCAAGAGUAAGGAAGAGAUAGGUAGUUCCCUAAAGGACCUCCCGCGUUCCUUCUGGAUCCUACUGACCAAUCCAGCAUUCAUGUUAAUAACGUUGGCAGGGGCAGCCGAGGGUCUGUCAACAUCCGGGUUUGCUACAUUCAUGCCGAAGCUUAUUCAGAACCAGUUCGGUACCACUGCCGCCUGGGCUUCAAUACUCGGAGGGAUUGUCGCAGUUCCUGGCGCUGCUGGUGGUCAGUUGGCGAGUGGCUAUUUGUGCAAGCGACUUAAUCUCAAGGUCAGAGGGAUGCUGCGCCUCAUCAUCAUCGUGUGUCUCCUAGCAGCCAUCCUAGAUGUCUGUGUGUGGAUCCGAUGUGAGCAGGAUACUAUAGUUGGAGUUAAUUCGCAAUACUCCAUUAGUUAUACUGACAAACUUCCAAACCUAGAGUCACGAUCGUGUAACUCCAACUGUUCCUGUUCUUCCGAGUUCUACCAGCCCGUAUGUAGCGACCAGCAUGUCCACUACUUCUCACCCUGUCAUGCCGGUUGUCAGGGUUACAAUGCCGACAGAUCGAAAUAUACAAACUGUUCGUGUCUUACCGAGUACGAGGGAUACUCGCCACAGAAUGCAAGCACCACUGUCACAAGCGGUAAAUGCCAAGAAUCGUGCCUUCUCCUUUACAUUUUCCUCCCAGUCCUGCUCUUCGCCAUCUUCUUCCGGUUCGCGCAGUCACCCCCUGCGCUGUCGGUGACGCUAAGAUGCAUUCACGACAAGCAGAGAACAUUUGCCCUGGGAAUCCAGUGGUUUGUCGUCAGACUCAUGGGCACAGUGCCCGGUCCCAUCAUGUUUGGAAGUGUUAUAGACAGUUCAUGUCUCAUAUGGCAGGAGAAAUGUGGAGAAAAAACGUCAUGUUGGAUAUACGAUAACGCUUUACUCAGUCGAAACUUCUUUAUAAUAGUGUUUGCAGUGAAAAUCACCACCAGUAUAUUAUUCGUGAUUGCCUAUAAACUUUAUAAACCACCUGUAGAAAAAUCAGUUUCUUAUGUUGUGUCUAACGGGACGAAGUCAGGGCUAUCCACCUUGGAUGACGAUAGUAGUUGUAACGGGUCAGAAAUUUUGGAUCAGCAAAGUACGGUGACGGUGCUAUAGUGAAAACAGAUAUGCAUGGUGCUUCUACCAAUAUUGAUAACAUAAUCACCACAUUUCUAUUUUCUUGUCGACCGAAUGAAAAGACUGUAGUUAAAACUCUUCUGGUGCUAUGUGAUCUACCAUUAUGAUGUAUGAUUAUUAUUUAAUAUGUUAAUAUCAAACAAAAGUGCAAACUGUAUGUUGCACUUUACUCUGAAAGUUUUGUGAGGUGGACAUUCUUGCGGUUUUCGUGUUUAGUAUUCCGUCUUUUUGUAUUGCAGAGUUAUCUGCUCUUGUGAGCAGGUAUUGA